CAAACUCAUAGAUAAAACAUCCUUUAUUUCCAAUUUUCCCUUUCUUUUACCGUCUUUGUGAGCUAUGUAAUUGUGGGUUUCCCAAAUGAGUUAGUUGAUUUCGAAUUGAUUGUGCGCUUAUCAGGAGGCUACAGAAAGAAUCGCGAGAUUCCCGUUUAUGAUUCGUGAAUUGGAUUUAGGAUCUUUGGCGUGAAUUAUUAGGAUAGGGAAAGAAUGCGAGAUCUUCUGAUGGCCAAUGAAGAAGUGAAUCCGUCGAUAUGGGCAGCCUGUGCCGGAGUCACAAGUGUGGAACCACUACAGGGAACUGUCAUCUACUUCCCACAGGGUCAUGUCGAGCAAUGCACCAACUCCGAUCAAGUUAGAACUCUCUGCGCUCAAUUGCCAGCUUCGACUUACCGUAUCAGCUCCGUAUCUUACCUUGCGGAUACACGUACCGACGAAGUGUAUAUGCAUCUCAUUCUCAAUGUGUGUCGGCCUGAAGAACGCAAUACUGCAACAGUUGCAACAGCUGCAAGACCAGAGCCGGUUGCUAAGUUGCUUCUGCCUACCGGAUUCAUCAAGGUCUUAGAAAGGGAUGAUAUAGAUGGUGAUCAGUGCUCCAUCGACAAAGCUUGUCUUUGGGGUGGAUUUGUUUUUCCCCAAAGAAAACCUUCAGUUAAACAUCCAUGAUAUACAUGGACGCCUCUGGCACUUUGAGCACAGGUAUGACUCAGUUCUUGAGAUGCAUAUCCGUUUGCAACGGAUGGCAAUCGUUUGUAGCCAGCAAGAAUCUGUCUCAGGGAGACUCUCUUGUGUUUUUGAAGAAGGAAGAGGGAUUCACCAUUGGAAUUAGGAGGAGUAACAAGAGCUUUAGCUCUUCUCUCUUCAACUGCCAACAUUUGGCAGGUGAUGCUGACGAUAGUGGGGUGUUGAGGAGGACUGGGGCUGGCUCAGUGCAGGUAUUGUCUGAAAUCUUGGGAAAGGCUCUUAAGAAGAGGAAAGAUCCCAUUGAGCUUGAUUAUUACCCAUGUGUUGGCUCUUCCUGCUUCGUGGUUGAUGCUGCAAGAGUAGUGGCUUCAACAGGGAGAAUGGAUUGGCAUGUGGGCCUAAAAGUCAGGAAAGCCAGAUUUGUAAAGGACCAGUUGAAGACGUUUUAUCAACAAGGAGUGGUGACUGGAGCCCAAAAAUUUCCAGGUAGAUUCAAAUCUUCUCUUUGGAGACAACUUCAGGUCAAAUGGGACAAGUGCUAUGAUGAAGCCGAAUGUGAAUCAUCAUGCAAUUUCUGGGAGGUUGAGCCGCUUGAGACCUCUAACAAGAGAUCUACUACUCCAGACCUCACACUGUUCGGCUUCAAACUCAACUAGUGUUGAGCCUACGCUACUUUUUUUUUUGGUGUUGCAAAGUUCGAUAUUGGACGUUGCUGGUAUAUCUUGAUGAAAACAUAAGGAUAGUUGACAUUUGUUUCAUCUGAUGAGUUUCACAUGCUUAUAUGAAAUGAUCAUUGAGAGUCUUUUUUUUCGUUUGGCAGUUAUGUAGCUUGAGAGUCAGUUUAGUAAACUAGUUUGGUUAAUAGCAGUGACAACCAUUAGAUGCUAUAGUUAUCAUGACUUCCCUAAGCAGGGCCGAAUUGCUGUCAACUCUAGGGUAAAUGUUCAU